ACAUCGGGUGAUUUCUGGCAGUUUUAUCUCCGCCAGCAACAGCAUCAUCUGGCUUGUAGCAUUCUGUGGAAUCCGCUUAAAAGAAGACCAUCAGCCACCACAUGAUGCAAUUAGCAGCAGCUAGCACGACGGACUACACGUCGUCCAACCGGGGGCUCCUGUAGCCCACCCAUGCCUGUGAUCCCCAUCCCUCGGCGGGUGCGCAGCUUUCAUGGCCCCCACACCACCUGCAUGCACUCAGCGUGCGGCCCGGCGCACACCACCAAGCUGGUGCGCAGCAAGUACAACAACUUUGAGCUUUACGUGCGCUCGCGCUGCAUCUACAGCUUCCUGCGCUUCCUGCUCUACUUUGGCUGCAGCCUGCUCACCUCUCUCCUGUGGGUGGCGCUGUCGGCGCUAUUCCUCGCGCAGUAUAUAGGCGUGCGCGUCCUCCUGCGCCUGCAAUACAAGCUGUCCGUCAUCCUCUUCCUGCUUGGCCAUCGGCGCUUGGACUUUGCCGCCGUCAACGACCUGAUUAUUUACAGCAUGCAGAUCACCAUGUUCAUGGUGGGCGGGCUGGGAUGGUGCUUCAUGGUGUUUGUGGACAUGUAGCUGGGAUCAAGGUGAGGUAGCAAAAAGUUGCAAGAGACCAGAAAUUUAACGAUGAGGUUCUUUUGGAAAUAGCUGUGAAUUUUCAGCAUCACAAAGCUCUGUGAUUUUCAUGUGUUGAGUGUUAAAAUGUACCGAUUUUGUGACGUUAUCGUGUUUGUGGUUUCAUGUUUCGGGGAUUUUUAUAUAAGAGUUCCUUUGGGGUUUUUUUAAUUGUACGGUAGGCUGCUCCAAUGCUACGGCCCGUAUGUAGGCAAUAGAUUUUAAGUUGUCCACUCAUGCGCCCAUUGAAUGUCAAGCGAUUUUAUGUGCAUUAAAAUUAUUCUACUACUGGAAUAAUUACUUCCAAGUGUCAGACAUUUGUGUAUUACCGCGGAUGUGAGAAUCCAGAGCGUCAAAAAUGUUUUGGUGAUGACCAGAGCUCUUACAGCGGUAUAGAAUCUGCCUAUUUCAAAUUCAAAUCCAUGCAAAUGAAGCUGGUGCGCUGUCAUUUGCCGCAGUGCUGGUAAAACAUCACUAGGUGUCAGUGUCGGUCUUUCAACAGAGUAAGUUUUAUUUUGCAAGUUCACUUUCAAAUGGAACUCUUGUUUACUCCGUACGACUGUUUAAAUGUGACUAAACAUUGCGUAAAAUGGAUGGCAACCAAAUUUAAGUAAUUAUAUCCUUUGUUGUGAAUACAUUUUAUAACAUUGUUUACUCCCAUGCUUAUGUAGUUAAAGAUAAUUAGAUGCCUACUGCAAUAUGCGUGUAUGUAUAUAUGUGUAUGUGUCUAUAUUUUGCAUGUAUCUGGUCACAUGCUCAGACGAUCGUAAAGCAUGUGGUUGAUGUGUCAUCCAUCAUGUGACGCCAUGAGAGCAAUUAGCCAAAGGCACAGAAAGCAGCCACCUUAUAUGUCUUUAAAAUGAUCAUUUACAGGCAGUACAGUGCAGAAAUUUGAAAUAAGAAAUUAUGUUGAAGCAUGGAAAAUUAUGACACCCAGAAUGUUGCCAAAUCCAUUUUAAAGGUCACACUGAUCACCUCAGUGCAAAGGUUCUGACCUAGGUUGAACUUUACUCUCAAUUCUAUCAGCACCUACAUAUAUCAUGCACUAAAUUCAGCUUCUAACGUGUCCUCUUAUUCAAUGUUAAACAACAAAGCUACUGUGGGUCAGUGGCAUUUGCACAGUUAUGUACAUAUGACAGUCUCCUUCUUUAUUCUGUGUUUAAUAAAUGUUCCAAUGACGGAUGGGGGAAAAAAAGCGGUCUGGUGAAUGGGUCCACUGUGCAUCUGUGUCAUAAGAGAGACUUCAAAUGGAGAUGCGCUUGCGGCUGGACCGUUCCGUCCACUGCCCUUCGCAUGUCACCGUUAUGAUGCAAAAAUUUGCCAUGAAGACGGUGUGAAAGAAGCUUCUCAUGCACACACACUCACACACAUUCACACACACACUUGACAACCAAGGUUCUUGCCAAGCAUAACAAUGGCAAUGGCUGCAUCCCAAUCACCUUAUAUAGCCUUCAAGGUAGGUGCCUUUUAAAGGUAAAGUCAGCUAAUAAAAAUUCUUUGAAAUGUUUAAUGUCUAUAUUUGGUAUCAAAACAAGGACAGAAUGAUGUUUAUUCAAACCAAUCUCCAUUUAAACUAAAAAUAAGAUCAGCAAAGCUCAGCAUACUUACAGUGUGACAUUUGCAAGUUCACAUUUAUUUGACUUAUUUUGGUGUCUGUGUUGAAGUUGAAGAUUUUUAUUCAGACAAAAGUUGUGCUUUGGUGCCAUUUUACAUCAUCUUGACAGAGGGCGUGUCAGAUUUUUGCGUUCUGUGGCAGGGCUCAGUUCCUUUUACCAUUGCACAUUUUAUUUUGUGGCUACCUAUUAUUGACUGUCAUUGCAUUUUACCUCAACUAGAAUUGACAAGUUUGAUUCCUAAGUGUUUUGGCUACUGUGGAGAAGAGCAGCUCAAUGUUCAUAUUGUUUUCAUUAUUAAGCUUUAUGCCGUCUGUACUAGCUGUAGACUGUACAUGAACUCAGAAGCUGAUGAUCAUGAAGUCAUGGCAUGUGUUUUCAUUUCU